UAUAGCGAGAGGGAGAUCCAAUCCGGUUUGAGCUAGUUCUGGUACUGGUCGGACGUUUAUGUUAAGUUACAGACUGCUCCAGAGGUGUAUAAGACAGAGGUGGUAAGGCUGGUCCGCGUUACGCUGAUUGUCCUAAAAAGCUGUGCUGUUGUGUAAAAUCUGUGCAACCUAAGCAACGAUGGGAAAGAAACAAGCUAGCGCUUAUGCAGACCCAAAUGCUGAGCCAAAGAGAAAAUCUGCAAGAUUGAUAAAAAUGAAACAGAUGGAGUCAAAGCCAGAAAAAACAGAAAAGAAAAAGGCACCUGCCAAGAAAGAUGUGAAAAAAACAGCAAAGGCUAAGCCAGAGGAGAAGAAAGAAGAACCUCAGGCAGAGGCUCCUGCAGAAAACGGGGAGGCCAAAGCUGAGGAGACCACGGCUGCAGAGGAACAGCCAAAUGACGAAGAGGAACAGCCGAAUGGUGAAGAGGAAAAAGAAGCCAAGUAGAAGCGAUACCUCUGAACUCAUUUGCCAAUGCUCCCUGUACCUCCUUUGUUGUAAAAUGCAGAGAAUAUUUUUAUCUACUAUUUUCUUAAGACAACAAUGUUUUUAGGGAUGUGAUUUCUUUUUUUUUUUCUAAAUACUACAACUUCCAUUCACUCUCAUGGCUUGUGUGAAGAGAAAGUCUGUCAUUAUGUUCUUUUGGUCAUUUUGUUGUUAGAUUGUAGGUUUUUUUUCUGCAUGACAUGCAAUAAUGCCAUUCAUCAGGAAUGGGAGAGUAUACCUGAAACAUUCCCGAGGAAUCUUAAGAGAUUUUGUAACCUGUACUGUGUUGGAAUACACAUCAAAAUACUGUUUGUUUGAUAAUGGAAUGAUUUCAAAGUUUGAAGCUUGUAUUCUGUGCUUUAAAAAAAACACCUUGUUCACAGUGUUCACUUUCACCAUUUUCACAAGGAGUCUGGGGUUUGGUUUUCACUUUAAGGUACAAUUGAGAACGGUUAAAUUAAUCAAUCUUCUACGUAAGCUAUACUCAAAACAAAUGCAUUACAAAGUUAGUCAUAUUUGAUAUGGUUUUGGGAUUUAUCUACCAAUGUACAGUUUCCUCCUUUAAAAAAUGUUUUCUUUGUUUUUGGAUGGUAUGAAAUGCCAAUUAAAGUGGGGAAUUUCUUUUAA